AUGCAGGCAACACGAAGCAACGCUGCGAAAUCACCGAGAGAGGCGGACAGUAGUCCUGCACAACAGGGGCGCACUCGGUCUCGUAUUGCCUGCCAAACUUGCAACCGGCGCAAGGUCAAAUGUGACGUCUCGCAGACAGGUGCGCCGUGUUCAAAUUGCCGAGGAGACGGCGCUGCGGCGUGUAUUACAGUGCCCCGGAAGAAACACAGACCAAGACGCCAACGCAAUGCCGCGAAUAGGAUAUCCCAUGGAAGCCAAUCUACCAGCCAGCCAUCUACUGGUCAGCCAGUUGACCAAGACUCAUUGGUUCUCCUAGAGCAUGCUGACACAACUAGCGUGCCAGACCUAGAGGAUAAUACCAACUCGUAUAUGGGCGAUGGCCGUGGGCCUCGACUCUCCGUCUAUCAUCUCUGCCAUCCGCAAUCACCGGACAAGCCAUCACCGGCACAUACAAAGACGGUGUCAACUCACAAACCGCACGAGCUGGAAUACUUGCGCCUUUCUGGCGCUUUCACGCUACUCCCAGAAGACUUGUAUGCUGAUUUAAUACGCACAUACUUCCACCAUGUUCACUUCUCGCUGCCCAUUAUUGAUGCGGCUCGUUUUCUUACAGAGUUUCACAGCAAUGGAACUAGAAAUAUCAGUCCGCUAUUGCUAUGGAGUAUGCUCUUGGCUGCUGCAAAUUUUACCGAGCCACAUGUCUUGAACAGAGCUGGCUUCACUACCCGCAAAGCUCUCAAGACAGCCAUGUACGAGCGCGCAAAGGUUGGUUUGCAAGCUCCCCUUCUCCUUUUUUUCUGA